GCAGAUCCAUGCUGCCAGGUCCAAAACAAAAGAGCAUCCAAGGUCUGUGAACACAACUUGAUUUCCUGCUGGACAAAGGGGCGGGGAGUGUUCCCAGAACCAACAAAAACAGUUACAGAAAUGGGCUGCCACUUUUCUGUCUGGGGAGUUUUGGCCUUCCUGAGUUUGGCUCUUAUUGUUUCAUUGACACUGAACAUUUCACAGUAUUUGAAAAAAAAGAGAGAUAAAAUGCAUAAAGACUAUGAAGAGAACAAUCCAAGCUACGAUGACUAUCCCACAGAAGAUGACCCAGUUUAUGGCAACCUCAAUCAAGAUACUUUAGAAGAAUGUUGUUAUGAGCAGAUGAAGUCCCAACCUCAAAGGCCAGUUAACCAGCUACAGGUGGAGUCUGCCAGUCAGAUGUGUUAUGCCUCGCUUGAUCACAGUGUCAAGGGAAAACGCAGAAAACCAAGGAGAAAGAAAGAUCCUUCUUUAGAGGAAGAGGAAAAAAGAUCAUCUAACCCUGCCAUGAGGGCUUCUGAAGUGAGCAUUUACCUCAACAGUGAGCAGCUGGCUGCUGAAAACACAGCAAAAGUAGAAGCCAUUCAUGAUGAUCCCAUCAGAUUAAUGGGCUUGAUUCAUUCAGCAAAAGGAGAGAACAUCUGAAGUGGCUUCCUGAAACAACAAUGUAAUCAUAAAGUGAGAUCUCCUUUUUCAUUCUGGAGCAACAGUGAAGGACUAGAGAUAAUAUCCUGUCAAACUGUCACACCAAACAAUGAUUUAAAAUGGGUAAGUGUUCCAAAGUGUCUUCCAGGCAUAUUUAAGGACUGAGCAAGAAAUAAAUAUAUGUCCAGACUGCCACUUUGAAGGAUCUGCCUUCUGAGGACAAUUUGAAAGAGAGAGAGAAUUUUGGAAUCUGGUAUUUCAGCAUUCACGGGGCAUUGAUCCCAGUAAAAAUUAAUCCUGUGUUUUAAACAACCAUCAGCUUUCAAACAGUCCCAAAGGACCCACUGAUUGUCUGUAGAGUUCUAGCAGAGGACAACUCUUCUGUAUAGGUUUUAUCAAUAUUUU